AUUAUAUCUAACAAAUUCUAAAUUUAAUAUAUUCAAUGGGAGGUGUUUAUUUAUCUAGUCCUAAUAGAAGUAAAAAUACGACAAUCGAUGAAAACAAAACCUUUAUUUAUGCAGCUUCGGCAGUACAAGGUAAAAUUUUAAAAUAUUAUGAAAUAGGCUGGAGAAGAUCCAUGGAGGAUACUCAUAUUUUUGUAUGUGAUUUAGUACCAGAUGUCUCUUUAUUUGGUAUUUUUGAUGGUCAUGGAGGUAAUGAUGUUGCCAUUUUUGUGGAACGACACUUUACUGAAGAACUUUUAAAGAAUAAGAAUUUUAAAGAUCAAAAUUUUGAAGAUGCCUUGUAAGAGACCUUUUUAAAGAUGGAUGAGCUAAUGUUUGCUGAGGAAGGUUAAUUGGAACUUUAAUUAAUAAAGAAUUCGAACGAAAAAGGUAUUAAUUUAUUAAUAACAAUUAAGGGGGCUUUGAUGGAGGAUGUACAGCUAAUGUUGCUCUCUUUUAUAAGAACACGCUCUAUGUUGCUAAUGUAGGUGAUUCCAGAUCUGUAUUAUGUCGAAAUAAUACUAAUUAUGAUAUGAGCUAUGAUCAUAAGCCUGAGAUUUAUAAGGAAAAAUAGAGGAUUGAAAACGCUGGAGGAGUUAUAAUUCAUGAAAGGGUUAAUGGUUUAUUUUACAUUAAUAUCUCUAGGAAGUCUAAGUAUAUCUCGUGCUUUGGGGGAUCUAAAUUAUAAGCUUGACACUAAAUUAAAUUAGACUGAACAAUUAGUAAUUGCUCUUCCAGAUAUCGAAAAAAGAGAACUAACAGAAAAAGACAAGUUUUUAUACUUUUUAUUAUAGAUUUUUAUUAAUGGGAUGUGAUGGCAUUUUUGACUAAUUGAGUCAUUCAGAGCUGCUUUAAUUUAUCAAUGGUAAACUUGGUAAUCAACCAGUUACUCCUCGAUUAUUAGGGAGAGUUGCAGAGGAUUUGCUGGAUCAUUUGAUUGCUUCAGACAUAUCAUGUAUUCCAAAACAUAUAAUUUAUAGCUGGGAUUGGUUGUGACAAUAUGACAAUCAUAAUCAUUUAUCUAAAAUGAUACUGAAUAAUAAAUGUACAAACAAUAUAUAUAAAAUAAUUAUCA